CCUAGCAGCGGCGACCGUCAGUGGCAGUCUUCUUCGGAUCGCUUCGACCGGUGCAAGUGUUUUUCAGCAGCUCCUCUCUCUCUCUCUCUCUACUACAACACUCUCGGCUGUCUCCUGCCAUUCCUCGUUGGUUCUAUCAUUCAAUUUGGGUUGAUUUAUAUUCCUCCUCUCGAUAAAGAAACCGAAGGACUUGGGCUACUCCCCUACUACACCAUCGUGUCUCACAAAUUCCAUUCGGAUCCAUCCAAUCAACCCGACAGUUUCCCAUUAGCUAAUUGAAAAGCAGGUUUGCACAUUUUCCAGACGAGCAAAUCCGAGCGUUGAACAGCACCGCGGCCAGAUUGCAAGAGGGACGUCGAACGGAGCCAACAAUCUUUUCCACAUCUACCACCACCAUGAAAAGCCGGGGGUCGACAACCGUUCUGGCCAAAGUGGCGCUACUCUUCGCCAUCCUCCAGGUAGGAAAUGGGCAGAACGCCCUGGGUCAGGAGCCGUGGCAACAGGAGCGGCCCGUCAACUUGCCGCAAAUUCAAAAUCUCGAAGUCAUGUGCGCCAAGGAUCACAUGGAAGUGCAGCUGUCGUUCGACAAGCCCUUCACCGGUCUGGUAUUCUCCAAGGGCCAAUUCGGCCAGGACAAUUGCGUCUACGUCCACCCGAAAUCGAGCCGGACCAAUUUCCGCUUCUCCAUCAUCUACAACGGGUGCGGGACCAAGCCGGACGCCAAGGGCAAAUUCUACGAGAACACGGUCGUCGUCCAGUACGACGAGGAGCUCAUCGAAGUCUGGGACGAGGCCAAACGGCUCCGCUGCGAGUGGUACAACGACUACGAGAAGACGGCCACCAAGCCGCCCAUGGUCAUCGCCGACCUCGAAGUCGUCGAGCUCAAUUUCAGAGGUGAUAACGUCGACUGCUGGAUGGAAAUUCAAAACGGCAAAGGGCCGUGGGCCAGUCCAAUCAGUGGCAUCGUUCCACUCGGCUCCACUCUGACGAUGGUCGUCGCCAUCAACGAUCUAGCGGGUGAAUUCGACAUGCGCGUCAAGUCGUGCGAAGCUUCUGACGGAGUCAACCGGCCCAUCCAGCUGUCGGACGAGCAUGGCUGCGUCCUCCGGCCCAAGAUGGUCUCGAAAUUCUUGAAGCUGCGCAGCAACGACGGCCGCUCAACCGUCAUGAGCUACGCCUUCUUCCACGCCUUCAAGUUCCCCGACUCGCUCCAGGUCUACAUCCGCUGCAAGGUGGAAAUCUGCCGGCACGGAUGCCCGGAACACUGCGACAAGACCAUCAGCCGGGCGGCCGAGCAGCAGCUGGCCUACACCGAGACCAAGGCCUCCUACAAUCCGGCCGCCACCGCACCUGUUCCGUCAUUCGUUCCCAUUCCGGCCCAGCAGAAAUCUUCAUCCGCCUACGAGCUGCCGCCUCAGCCGUUGCCCGGCCGCAACUUGCCGGUGGCUCCGCCUGUAGUCCAGCAACAGCAGCAGUAUCCGGCCCAGAGGAGGAAUCCACUUCCGCCAGCCCGCGAAGUCGAACCGGAGCCUCAGACCAGCAGCAAACGUCCGUUCUUCGGUCUGCUGGGCCGCAACAAGCCCAGCUCUCCCGAACGCUCUUCCCGCCCUGGACUCUUCCAGAAGAAAAAGGACAAUUUCAGUCCGGUGGCCUCCGCCCAGGUGGCACCUCCUCCGCCUCAAGCCCAGGCUCAAGUGGUGGACGUCCCGAUCCCCAUUCCGGGCAGCCAGACCCAGGACCAGGGACUCAGCGUCGCUCUACCAUCGCCAAUCGACCGGCCCCUGGAAAGAGGAGAGAAAAAAUCCGAAGAUAACAAAUAUUCGGAACGAGGACCCGGCAAAUUCCCGCACGGACCCCGCAGUCUCAAUUUCGACAAAUUCGACAUCGCCCACAUUCACGAUUUGAGCCAAUACGAAGUGCGACAGAAGAAGUCCGAGGGCGUCAAGAGCCGAUCGAAGCGUUCGUACGCCAUUCACGAGCGUCACGUGCGCAGCGCCGACGUCGGCGUCAAAGUGGGCUACGAAGUCAUUUCGGCCGUCGACUUGGCCUUCUCUUUGAACAGCAACUCGACCAACGGCGACGGCGACGUGCCCAGCGUCACCAUCUUCCAGGGCAAGAUCCGCGAGGAGGUCGUCUACGGCAUCUGCCUGCCGGCUCCGGGCUUCUCGGCCCUGUUCGUUCUGCUGGCCAUGUGCGUCGUCAUCUCCGUCCUGGUGGCCAGUUUCCUCUGCUACCACCGGCAGCUGCAAAAAGCCGAUCACGACGGCCCGUCUCAUCCGCACAUGAACGUCAGCAUGGGCAGCGUCGUCACGCCGUCCGUCCCCUUCCGCGACUGGAGCACCGUCCACUUUAUCCGGAAUCCCAGCAAGUCCGUCGUGGAGACCCAGUCUUAAAAGAAAAUAAAACAAAACAAAUGAAGCUGAUUAAAUAUUUAAAGUUCAACUAACAACCACUAAGACUCAAACACAACGAAUAGGACGAGACGGGCUAUAAAACUUCCUUUCCCCGACACACCGCUGGGAAAACAAAACAAAACAAAAAUUAAUUUUUAAUCCACUUAAUUAUCACAUUAUUUUAAAAUUUCAUUAGACGAGCCCCACCCCCACAUUGAGUCGUAUUCAUUUGGAAUCUUGGCGUUGUCCAGUUCUCUCUAUCUCCUUUCUGUCUUUUUUGGCUCUUUUUGAAAUCAUCUGCUGGACCGGUUAAAUGAGGUUUUUAUUGAUUGAAUUCAGUUUUAUUUCAAACACAAAACUCUUUUGAUGAGGAGAUGUCUAGAAUGGGCGAUUCUCGAUCGGCGAGUUAUUGACUAAGAUGAAGUCGUCGCUAUCGGCUGGAUUUCUCCCAUCAUCUUUUGAUUUCAUUUAUUUUACAAA